AUGUCCAAUUUAAUAUAUCUAUCUACUAAAUUUGGAUAUGGAUAUCCACAACAAUAUGAAACACAAAACCCUCCAAAUGAAUUAACGAAUGUUAAUGUUUUUUUCGAUGAGAUUUCUACAAUUCAAGAAAUGAUCAAGCAAGCCCAAGAAAAUAUCAAUCGUAUAAAUGAAUUACAUUCUCGUUCUUUGGGUACAAUUAGCGAGGAUGAAUCGUCCAAACAACAACUCGAAGCUCUUACAUCUAAUACACGAAAAAUACUUACUGAAAUAAAAGAUAAAAUUAGAAAAUUAGAAUCUGUGAAUUUAGGCUUACCUCCUAAUACUGGAGAUUUAGGUGUUCGAAAUGCUCAGACAGAAAAUCUUCGUAAAAAGUUCAUGGAAACAUUGGGAGAUUACCAAAAGAUGGAAUAUCAAAAUCGCCAGAAAUAUCGAGCAAGAAUGGAAAGACAAUAUAGAAUUGUCAAUCCUCAGGCCACACAAGAUGAAAUUGAGGCAGCAUUGGAUAAUGACGAAGGCGAGCAAGUGUUUGCUCAAUCACUAAUGACAGCAACACGAUACGGUGCAGCUAAAGAUGCAUUACGAGAAGUACAAGAACGUCACAAUGAUAUCAAAAAAAUCGAAAAAACAAUCGAAGAACUUGCCAACCUUUUCCAAGAAAUGCAAAUGGUAGUGGAAGCGCAAGAAGUGGUAGUUACUAAAAUUGAAGAACAGACUAAUCAUAUUACUACUGAUUUGGAAACGGGUGCUACUCUUGUAGAUCAAGCAUUAGUUAGUGCGAAAGGUGCAAGAAGAAAAAAAUGGUAUUGUUUUGCGAUUACAGUUGUUCUUGUAAUCAUUAUUGCAGUGGUUUUAUAUAUAUACUUGAAACCCAAAACAAUGGUGUCGACGAGUUCAGAUGGAAAUACAUCUACUGUUACAUCUACUGUUGCGGCAACACCAACAAGUUAA